AUGGUGUUCGAGCUGGGAUUCAUUGCACCCAGCCCUGUCGCCAGAAGGGAAGAUCUGGAACGCAAAUCGCAUGCUUGGGGGGAGGGGGGCCUAGCGAGGAGGGUUAGUGUUAGCGAGCAAGAGGUGCAUCUGGUAAGCCUGGCCCAAACCGGCAGUGAUCGAUGGGGAGCUACAUCAUCCCGCUUGCCCUCAGCUCAGGUGGCUAGCAUCUUGUCCUAG